UUUGAAUUGGUUUUAUUUUGGUCAUGCAAUAAGGGUAUUUGACUAUGAUUACAUUACAUUACAUUACACUUGGCAGACGCUUUUGUCCAGAGCGACUUAAAAUAAUGAUGUACAUUUAGAAGUUCAAGGUAAACUAGAAAAGUGCAUUUUCUGAAGGAAACGCAAGAUUGUGGCACAGCUAAUAUGUCUCCCACCAUUCACUUUAGUGGUUGCUACGUUGUUUCUAUUUGGUUGCAAGGUGGUUGCUAAGGUGUUUCUGUGGUAUCUGUUGUGGUUGCUAGGUGUUUUUUAAGUGGUUGCUAAGGCGUUGCAAGUAGUUGCUAGGUGUUUGCAAAGGCAUUGCUGUAGUGUCUGUGAUGGUUACUAUGAUGUUGCUAAGCAGUUGCUAGGUGGUUGCUAAGGUGUUGCUAUGGUGUUGCUAAGUGGUUGCUAGAUGCUUGCUAAGGUGUUGGCUGGUGGUUGCUAAGCAACGUAUUUGCAUAAAUCGGGUUAUAAUGUGUUUGCACGUUGCUGCGAAAGGGUUCCGUGCGCAGGUUACUAUGAUGUUGCUAAGCAGUUGCUAGGUGGUUCCUAAGGUGUUGCUAAGUGUUUGCUAGAUGCUUGCUAAGGUGUUGAUAGGUGGUUGCUAAGUAACGUAUUUGAAUAAAUCGGGUUAUAAUGUGUUUGCACGUUGCUGCAAAAAGGUUCCUUGUGCAGGUUACUAUGAUGUUGCUAAGCAGUUGCUAGGUGGUUGCUAAGGUGUUGUUAUAGUGUUGCUAAGUGGUUGCUAGAUGCUUGCAAAGAUGUUGCCUUUUUACAUCCAAUCACAGCGUAAUCAAGUCAAGCUGUACACCUGUAGUCAUAAGCCUUGGGUUUGUUAACACUGCGCACUUUUUUGUCCCAGAUUGGAGAUGAGGCUUUCAGGGUUGUCUGAGGUUGACAAUAGACGCAACAAGUAAUCUAGCUAUUCGUUAGUUUAAUACAAUGGUACCCAGAUAUCUCUUGGUAGCUCUGCUGCUGUGUAGGUCUGAAAUUACUCUCAGUGGAAAUAUUCUGGUGCUUCCUGGUGAAUACAGCCACUGGAUCUACAUGCGUGCAAUUGUGGAUGAACUGGUCGCUCGGAAUCACUGAGUGACUGUUCUUACCCACAGCUCCUCACCUUCGAUCAAACUAUCAGGAAAGGAGAAGUUCAGAAACAUUGUUUUUAAGAUCAGCAUGGAGCGGCAAGAAGUAGAGGACAUGUUGCAGACGUUCUUGAAUGUCUUGAUGAGUGACAUCAUGAGCAACAUACGGAAAACGUCCUUGCUAUGGAAAAUUACGACUGAUCACGAGCGCUAUCUUAAUGAAGUAUGUGAAGGAAUGCUUAAUGAAGAGCUUAUAGCUUCGCUUAGGGAGUCACGCUUUGACACGGUUCUGUACGAUCCAGUGGUGCCGUGCAGUGAUCUUUUGAUUGAGAUCCUUGGCCUGCCCCGUGUAGUGUGUCUUCGACUCUCUACAGCAUACACUGUGGAAAGACUAUGUGGUCAGCCGCCGGUUCCAUUUUCGUAUGUACCCGCUGGAGGUGCCCAGGGACAUCUUACAGAUCAGAUGAACUUCAUAGAGCGAGUGGAGAACAUGCUGCUGUACAUUGCUCACACAGCUCUUUUCGAAAUGGAGGAGAUGUUAACAUAUGAUGAGUAUAGCAGUAUAGCAAAAAUAGCAGGUACGUUUUUAUUUGAUUUCAUCCCCAUGUGUUUAGGGUUCAUUGCCUUUUCCAGCUCUGGCUAUGAUCUGUUGAAAGGUCUUUAGACAUUUAAUGUACCUGGAAAAAAGCAUUUUUCUUUGGUUGAGCAAAUCUUUCAGUUUAAAUGUAUAUUUUGGUGCAUAUUUAAGUUUUUUUCUGUGGCUAUUCCCAAUUAGGCAACAGUUGUGUAAAUUAAUGCAGAUAAAUGCCACCUGUUCCUCAGCAUAUGACCAUGUAUGAUCAAGAUUAGAAGCCAUUAAAUGCUUCUAACUUGACUUUUCGCUCAGGUUUUUCCAGUCCUUUUCUUUAUGUGUAAUUAAUUGAAAUAUGGGCCAAAGUUGGAGCCUUUUCACAUCUAAUCACUGUGUAAUCAAGCCACCUGUAUUUACAAGCCUAGGGUUGCGCAACUCUCUUUGUUGACUGUUUUGAGACUGCGCACUGAGCAAGCACAGCCUCCUGGGUGUGAACAUAUGGAACGCCAAAAGGCCCAAAAACGCCUGGACCAGACGCCUUUUAUAGAAA